AUGUACAUAAUGAAAGUAAUUAAUAGAGUAAUAGAGUUCAUAUGGGGUUCAUGGGUUAUUCUCACGAGUGCGGUCUCUGUAAAACUGCUGGUGUGGGGUGAAUUACCCUUUCGUCUAAAACUGUGUGCAUUAAAUUUAGAAAACAGAUUAUUUCAUAAACAUCAAACAUAUAAAAUAAACUAUGCUCGCCAGUCUGGAUAUCCGGCUAGUCCUAGUGCCAAUCCGCACGGCAGUUACUCCUCCGAAGAGGAAGAAGGGGGAGAAAAUCGUUGGCGGGGCGCCGGGAAGAGUCGCGCUGCUAUUCCAAGGAUUGAAUUACCUUCCUCUUCUGCACCGCCUCUGUCUUCGCCCACCCCGCUGCAAUCGUCAACUCAGUCGAAUCAAGAUGCUAUCGUGGGUUCCUUGGGCGCCUCUAUUCGUGCCGGAGGUGGUUCCACGUUGAGGGGCAUUGCGGGUGUUGCAGCCGCAGCUGCGACGCAGCAAGGCAAGCCUCUGAACCUUACAAACCUUGCGUUAGCGGCGCAGACAAACGCGCGCAAGCGACCUGCCUCCCGGGCACAGGCGGCUGGCUCGAGGCCUCAGAGAGCUCUCUUUUGUCUCAGUCUUCGCAAUCCGCUUCGAAAAAUGUGCAUUGGCAUCGUUGAGUGGAAACCUUUUGAAUAUCUUAUUUUAAUUACAAUCCUCGGGAACUGUUUUGCUCUGGGCUCUCACACUCCCUAUCCAGACGGAGAUUCUAAUGGCACCAACUCCAUACUAGAGAAAGUAGAAAAUGUGUUUAUCGUCAUCUUCACGAUUGAAUGCCUUCUGAAGAUAGUUGCACUUGGCUUUGUGAUGCAUCCUGGAGCAUAUCUGCGGAAUGGAUGGAAUAUCCUCGAUUUCACGAUCGUUUGCCUCGGAUUGCUCCAGCCGCUGCUCCAGCGAAUGCUUGAUCGUUCCGGUGUAGAUGUAAAGGCCCUUCGUGCAUUUCGUGUGCUCCGACCUUUACGGCUUGUAUCGGGUUUGCCGAGUCUGCAAGUCGUGCUCAACGCGAUCAUUCGUGCAAUGGUGCCGCUUUUACACAUAGCUCUUCUGGUUAUCUUUGUAAUCACCAUGUACGCAAUUGUCGGUCUGGAAUUAUUCUCAGGGAAGCUGCAUGCCACCUGCUAUGAUAUUUAUACCGGUGAGUCCUUUGUUUGUAAUUUCCGUUACCUACCCAUAUUCAGUUUCUUCGGUGAAAUAAUGGAUAACCCGACACCAUGCAGUCUAGGCAGACAGGGUCACAUCUGUAAGUUCCCGUUCGUCUGCCACGAUUUUCGACCGAAUAUGACAAAGGCGGCAAUUGCCGAGCGUCGUGUCAUCGUGGCCAACAUGAGUGCCGACCCCUAUGCCUUCACGGGCUUCAUCAAGCUACCUGAGCGGUGGCCCGGUCCUAACUAUGGCAUCACUAAUUUCGACAAUCUCGCAGCUUCCAUGCUCACCGUCUUUCAGUGCGUCACUAUGGAGGGGUGGACCAAUGUCCUCUACUGGAUGAAUGACUCACAAGGCAUGGAGUGGCCGUUUCUGUACUUCGUUAGUCUCAUCAUCAUUGGCUCCUUCUUCGUGAUGAAUCUUGUUUUGGGUGUUUUGAGCGGAGAGUUCUCAAAGGAAAGGGAAAAAGCUAAGAAAAGGGGCAAAUAUCAGAAGGCCAGGGAACAAAUGCAAUUCGCCGAAGACGUUCAGGGGUACUUGGAUUGGAUUGGCGCGGCUGAAGAUCUCAGUGAUGACGAGGACAAUGUUAACCGUUUGGACGUCAAGGAAAAGCGAUUUAAUUUUUGCGGUCUCUGUCGACGGAGUCAGGGCGGUGAGGACGAAGAUGAGGAUGAUUCGGACCGCGAUGACUGCGGUUACCGAACACAAUCAAGCCAACAAAAGCAGUAUUUUUUCUGUUUUCCAAUCAGAGGUCGGCGCUCAAGAAGACUCAACCGUCGAUGCAGGCGGUCCUGCCGUCGAAUGGUCAAAUCACAAACCUUUUAUUGGACUGUGAUUGUUCUUGUCUUCUUGAACACGGGUGUCCUCACCUCCGAGCAUUACGGUCAACCAAAGUGGCUAGAUAUCUUUCAGAAUGACGCAAACGUCGUAUUUGUGGUUCUAUUCACCAUCGAAAUGCUGCUGAAGAUGUACAGCUUGGGUGUGCGAUGCUAUUUUGACUACAUGUUCAAUCGCUUCGACUGCUUCGUGGUAAUCUGCAGCAUUCUGGAAAUCGUAUUUAUUAUGACCAAAUUGAUGCCUCCGCUUGGUGUUUCUGUGUUUCGAUGCGCUCGUCUCCUCAGAGUCUUCAAAGUUACAAGGUACUGGAACAGCCUACGAAAUUUGGUUGGUUCACUUUUGGCAAGUAUGCGGUCGAUUGCAAGCCUUUUGGUGCUGCUCUUCCUCUUCAUUGUCAUAUUUGCGCUCCUGGGAAUGCAGAUUUUCGGCGGCAGAUUUAAUUUUCUCAGCCUGCGGAAACCGCGUUCGAAUUUUGAUAACUUCUACCAGGCGCUUACAACGGUAUUUCAGAUUUUGACCGGUGAAGAUUGGAAUGAAGCAAUGUACAUGGGCAUCAAAUCCUAUUCUACUCAACCGUUCGGGAGUCUCGUUUGUCUCUACUACGUUGUUCUCUUCAUAUGUGAUAUCCUGCUCAACGUGUUCUUGGCCAUCGCUGUGGACAACUUGGCUGAUACUGGGCAGAGCAAAGGGAAACAGAAAUCUGAAGCAACAAGUGAGGAUGGUGACGAUAAUACAGCUGGAAUGGAUAUUGUCAAAUCUGCGGAUGGAGAUAGUUUUAAUUCGGCUGAGGAGGACGGGAAAUCUAAGGUUCUUCUCCUAGAAAAUAAUGAAAACGAGGAAUAUGUAAGCAUCGAAGAACGAGACAAUGAAUCCGAAUCGGUUUACUCUGAUGAACAUCACGGUUCUGCUGAAAAUCUCCAGCCGAAAAUUAAACCCAUUCCUGAGGCCUCUUCCUUCUUUAUUUUCGGGCCCAGAAAUCCAUUUCGAGUGUUUUGCCAUUAUAUCUGUAAUCAUCCUUACUUCAAUAAUGUGGUACUGGUGUGUAUUCUGGUGAGCAGUGCUAUGUUAGCCGCAGAAGACCCAUUGAAGGCAAACUCCUACAGAAAUAUUAUACUGAAUUAUUUUGAUUACUUCUUCACCUCCGUCUUCACAGUAGAAAUCACCUUGAAGGUUAUUACCUACGGAUUUGCAUUCCACAAGGGUGCAUUUUGCCGUAGCGCCAACAAUCUGCUUGACUUAAUGGUGGUUCUGACGUCUAUCAUUUCCUAUCCUAUUGCUUUGGACACCAUCUCUGUUGUAAAAAUUUUGCGAGUCUCCCGUGUUCUUCGACCGCUACGAGCUAUCAACAGAGCCAAAGGUCUCAAGCAUGUCGUUCAAUGCGUAGUGGUUGCAGUUAAGAGCAUCGGGAAUAUUAUGUUGGUCACAUUUCUCCUUGAGUUUAUGUUCGCUGUUAUCGGAGUCCAGUUGUUCGCUGGGAAGUUCCACUACUGCAAUGAUGAGGCGCGGUUCUAUAAGGAGGAAUGUGCGGGUCCAUUUAUUAAAUAUGACUCAGAGGAUCCAAGUUUGCCUGAACUAGUGGAACGACGGUGGAUUAAUUAUCCACUUAAUUUUGACAAUGUUCCCAACGGUUUAUUGACCCUUUUUGUGGCCUCUACUUUCGAGGGCUGGCCCGCACUUUUAUAUCAAUCUAUUGAUUCUUAUGCGGAGGACCAUGGAAAAGUGUACAAUUGUCGUCCGGUGGUAGUCAUUUUCUACGUCGCCUUUAUAGUUGUGGUGGCGUUCUUCAUGGUUAAUAUCUUCGUUGGUUUCGUCAUCGUCACAUUCCAACAAGAAGGUGAGCAGGAGUACAAAGGUUGCGAGCUGGACAAAAAUCAGCGAAAAUGCAUCGAGUUUGCGCUGAAGGCUAGGCCUGUGCGUCGUUACAUUCCGAAGGAGCGAUUCCAAUAUCGUAUCUGGUGGUUCGUCACCUCGCAGCCAUUCGAGUAUUGUAUCUUCAUUUUCAUCCUCAUCAACACCAUAUGUCUCGGUAUGAAGAAUACUGCAUUUUUGCAUAAAGUGAAAUCGAUUGUGGUGAUAAACGCUCUUUGUGUGCGUGUAUUGGUUACCAUCCUACAAGAUUUGUGUUCUCAUUUCCAGUUUGAGGGCCAACCCCCGGUUUAUGCUGACGCGCUCGACUAUCUUAACAUGAUAUUCACCGGCGUAUUUACAGUUGAAUUCAUUCUCAAGCUCACAGCCUUGAGCUUCAAGGCAAGUCCCCAUUCGUAUUUGAUUCGCUUUGGGAAUUAUUUCAAUGACCUUUGGAAUGUUUUUGAUUUCAUCAUAGUUGUUGGGAGCUUCGUUGACAUCGUACUCUCACACAUUGCUGAAAACUCGAAGUUCAUUAGUAUAAACUUCUUCCGUCUUUUUCGGGUGAUGCGAUUAAUUAAGCUGCUAAGCCGGGGUGAGGGCAUUCGUACACUUUUGUGGACAUUUGUCAAAUCAUUUCAGGCGCUUCCAUAUGUGGCACUGUUGAUUCUGAUGCUUUUUUUCAUCUACGCUGUGAUCGGCAUGCAAAUGUUUGGCAAAAUAGCUCUUAAUAAUCCCGACAGCGCGAUAACUGUGAAUGCGAAUUUUCAGACUUUUCCCCAGGCUGUCUUAAUUCUCUUCCGCUCAGCAACCGGUGAAGCCUGGCAGGACAUUAUGUUCAGUUGCGCUGGCGUAUCAUGUGAUUUACUACACGUCAUUGCGCCCUGUUAUCCUCAUAGCUUGGCUCUUUUUCCUCCAUUUUCACACUACCGCCAAAUCGAUGUUUCAUCACGGGGCUGGUGUGCUACAGAGACGGCCUAUUGCGACAAGCAGUCAGAUGAGAGUCGAACAGCCGUGGGAGCAACAGAUCGCACAGUCUGUGGCUCUGCCUUCGCGUACCCAUUUUUCAUAAGCUUCUACAUCAUCUGCUCGUUCUUGAUUAUAAAUCUGUUUGUGGCUGUUAUCAUGGAUAACUUCGACUAUCUUACGCGGGAUUGGUCAAUUCUGGGGCCGCAUCAUCUGGACGAGUUCGUUCGGCUCUGGUCUGAGUAUGAUCCUGAAGCUAAAGGAAGAAUCAAACACCUUGACGUAGUGACUCUCCUUAGAAAGAUCUCACCUCCAUUGGGAUUCGGUAAACUGUGUCCACAUCGAACAGCGUGUGUAACACUUGUCCGAAUGAAUAUGCCACUAAACAGCGAUGGGACCGUUAUGUUCAAUGCAACCUUAUUUGCGCUUGUGCGGACCAAUUUGAAGAUCAAGACAGAGGGAUCUACACCGGAUCAGUUGAACGAGGAACUUCGAGCCGUGAUAAAGAAGAUUUGGAAGCACACCAGUCCCAAGCUGCUUGAUCAAGUUGUUCCUCCGGCUGGUAGCAAUGACGAUGUUACUGUCGGGAAGUUCUAUGCAACAUUUCUCAUUCAAGAGUGGUUUCGUCGGUGGAAGCUAAAGAAGGCUGAAGAGCACAAACACCUUCCAUACGGCCAGGGGCGAUCUUUAAUGCAUCCUGAAGAAGAAAAGGGUGGUGGUUCUUCUGCGAGUGAUGAUAAGCGUCAAAUGAGUCUUCUAGGUUCAAUGAUGCAUGCGUUACAAAGGGUUGGCAGUUACAGGAGAUCUUCCAGCUCGCCCCAAAGCUCUCCAGCACCGGCGGGAGCCAACGGCGCCAACACACCUGCUCCCCCAUCUCCUUCAAAGCCUCCUGUGAUUGGUUCUAGUGGCACUCCCACGGCAGAGGCCUCUCGUGUUCGUAAGGCACCACCGACCUUGCAGGUGCCCACAAUCAAUCAGGCUCCAAAAGAAAUCUCUUUCCCCAACUCUAUCGACCAGCGAAAGAACACAUGGGAUACGUUGCAAGCCAGGGAUCCUGAUAUGACUGAACCCAGCAGUGAAAUUUCAGAGGCAAUUCCUUUGAAGCAGCCAUAUGGGACGCGAAAGGAACUAGGAAAUCCUUCCAAUGUUGCUCAUGAACAGUCAUACGCUUAUCGUCCAUCGGUUAUUCAAAGAAUCGGGCCCCUUAACCUCCCAGUAUUACCGGCAUCUAUGGGCAAUCGAGAAACAGCUUCCAACAGCUCGAAAAUUCUCUCACAGGCUUUCGAACUGCCAUUGCCGCAGUAUGGAAACUACCAGCCACGAAAAUUAAGUUCAGUUAUUCCCAGGUUAAUGAAGAAGAACAUUGCCAACGUGGUGGGUACAAAAUGUGUUGAUAGGAAAGUGAAUGCCAGUUGUCCCUCUGAACGAUAUGCCUAUGUGAAAAAGCUGGACCAUGGGAGGAAGUACCCUGACAACUCCGAUGAAGAAGCUCAAAAGAACGAAAAUGUCCACCUUCUCCAUUUUUCCAAAAUGGAACCCAGGUUCUCUCGAGCGUUGGGGGCGCCUGACACAGUAGGACCUCUUCUCGACUUUCAGAAAGACAUUGAGGUUGUUGAUAAUAGUUUUGGUGAGGAGCUGGAGACAACGGUGAUGCCGAAAGAAGCGGAGGAGGAACUGGAUUUCGAUGCCUCCUACUUCUCUCGUGGUGAUACGCCUAGCCCCGCACCGUCAGUUAGUGUUCCCUCCUCUACCUACGUUUUUUCCGGCUUUUCAAAAUGGGCUGGUGGUUUGGAAAGGGAGGACAGACAGAUGCGUGGACCACGCAAAGCGAUGAAGUCGCCCACUUCCUCUGAGGGGCGGAGUCACCGCCGGCAGCUGCCUUCAAUUCCAGAUAGCCUUCAACGCCAUUCUACACGGGAGGAGUAUCGGCCUUCAACACAUUCCCUCGACACUGCAUGGUCAAGGUCAAGCGAGCGGAGACAAAGGCAGAGGUCAGACUCACCUGGAGCCUGGACUAUUGCCCACACACCUACGAUCUUCAAAAGGGAGCUCAAUCUUCGACUCGACGGGAGUAACGACACAAAGUACGAGGAGAACGACGACGAUGAUGUAUUCUUCGCCUCGCAAUUCAGCGAACUCAACCGAACCAACUUGAGUCAACCGAUCACACCGCACUACGGCACUCUUGAAAGCUAUGACUUUCAGUCCAUGCGGCGGAGACCACGUCAGAUUCUGCAACACAGUUUUAUCGACAAACGCAGAUGGGACGCUCCUUUUGAGCACCAAUUCAAGCAGAUGCCAAGCUGUGGACCACCUCCAACAAUGCAGCAGAGGAACCACCAAUCACCUCAUGCGUGGAGCUAUCGUCAUCCGCCUUCUCUAGCACCGCCACCACAAUCAAUCCUGCAUUCAUCACAUCUGUACACCCCCGAACGUAGCUCAAUUCACCAAAGCUUUCAACUGCAAUCUGAGCGGCAUUGGCAGCAGCAGAAUGCUGGCAGACCACUCGUGCACACCCGACCAUGGCCACAGACCAAUGGACUAGAUCCCGGAACGUGGAAAGUUAAUCAUCCUCCUGUUCCGACUCCCAGCAAGUAA